GGGGGCCUGACGCGCCGUGGGGCGGGGCUGCGGGGGUCGGGUCGCGCUAGCGGUGGAGAACCAAGGGAGCGGAAAAUGGCGCCUCGCGGCCGGGGUACUCUUACGAUCCUGGUGCGCUGGGCUGCCACCCUGCUCCUUGCUCUGGGCGUGGAAAGGGCUCUGGCUCUACCCGAGAUAUGCACCCAAUGUCCAGGGAGUGUGCAAAAUUUGUCAAAAGUGGCCCUUUAUUGUAAAACUACAGGAGAGCUAAUGCUACAUGCCCGUUGCUGCCUGAAUCAGAAUGGCACCAUCUUGGGGCUGGAUCUCCAGAACUGUUCUCUGGAGGACCCUGGUCCAGACUUUCAUCAGGCACAUACCACUAUCAUCAUAGAUCUGCAAGCAAACCCUCUCAAAGGUGACUUGGCCAACACCUUCCGUGGCUUUACUCAGCUCCAGACUCUGAUACUGCCACAAGAUGUCAACUGUCCUGGAGGAAUUAAUGCCUGGAAUACUGUCACCUCUUAUAUAGACAACCAGAUCUGUCAAGGCCAAAAGAACCUUUGCAAUAACACUGGGAACCCAGAAAUGUGUCCUGAGAAUGGAUCUUGUGUACCUAAUGGUCCAGGUUUUUUGCAGUGUGUUUGUGCUGAUGGUUUCCACGGAUAUAAGUGUAUGCGCCAGGGCUCGUUCUCACUGCUUAUGUUCUUCGGGAUUCUGGGAUCCACCACUCUAUCCAUCUCCAUUCUGCUUUGGGGGACCCAACGCCGAAAAGCGAAGACUUCAUGAACCACAUAGGUCUUACAUUGACCUAAGAUCAAUCUGAUCUAUCUUAGCCCAUCCACGGAGCUCUGCUUCCUAGACAGGCAUCUUUGGUCAGUGGAUUUGCCUCAAGAUUGAGGCCGCCAUUGGAAGUUGAAAAAUUGCACUCCCCUGGUAUAGACAAGUACCAGUUCCCAUUUGUGUUGUUGCCUAUAAUAAACACUUUUCUUUUUCUUUUU